AUGAAUGUUGCUCACAACAGUUGGCCAAUUAUUGUGAUGCCUUAUAAUUUUCCACCGUGGUUGUGCAUGAAACAACCUCAUAUGAUGAUGAUAUUGCUCAUUGAUGGUCCUUCUUCACCUGGCAAUAACAUUGAUGUCUACCUGCGCUUGUUAGUGGAUGAACUGAAUGAAUUGUGGGAAAAUGGUGUUCAGACAUACGACGCAGAAACUAAUCAAAUGUUCCAAUUGUAUGCGGUCUUACUGUGGACAAUAAAUGAUUUUCCUGCAUAUGCAAAUUUGUCUAGAUGGAGCACAAAAGGUCAUAGUUCGAGAGGCCCAACACUCAUGCAUGCUAGUGAUUGGAACCCAAGUGGCGGCAUUUUACAUAUUGUGCCUAAUGAGUUGAACCAAGUGGUUGACGGGUAUACACCCUUGGCUCUCGUUUGGGUCAAUACAAAUGCCGAUGAGUCAAUAAAGAAAUUUGUUUUGGUAUCUGUUGGAAAAAAAUGGAGAGAAUGGAAGGCUAAAGUUAAACAAAUGGGGUAUACGCCAUUCGACAACGAUGCUGAUAGGUUAACUCAUCGACCCAAAAGAGUACAUGAGCAUCAAUGGCGAAGCUUAGUCUAUUAUUGGGGCACUCGGAAGGCACAGAAAAAAAGUACAAAAAACAAAGAAAUUCGAAAGAAGAAGACAUUAAAUCACAUAACUGGCAGAAAACCAUUCUCAGUUGUUCGAGUAGAGGAAACUAAUAAGAAGAAUGGAGUUCCUGCAACUCGCUUAGAGACACAAAUGAAGGAUCUUGGGGCGCAAUCCAAUGCUACAGAUGGAGAAAUUAUCACACAAGUUCUAGGGCCUGAGCGACCUGAUCGUGUUCGAACAUAUGGAUUGGGUCCUUCUCCGACAGAUGUCUUUGGAGGCGGAUAUAGGCAAUCGCAAGAACAAACUCGUAUCAUCCAAAUGCAAGUCCAAGAGCAGCUUAACCAAUAUAAAGCACAAAUGGAGAUGCAAAUGAAAGAGAUGAUGGAUGCUAUGCUUAAUCAACAGAAAGUACAAAUGGAGAUGCAAGGCACAAUCCAAGCUCAACAAGCACAAAUAGCGCAAUUGGAGUCUCAACAGGCCAUGGGUGGGCCUGUUGCACCAGCUGCUACACAUGUGCAUUCACAACAACAAUCCCAUGCAUACACCUCAUCGUUUAAUUGCCAUCGUUCGUCCGAGGAAGUUCACAUAUCAAAGAAAGAAAAGAAGAAGAAGAAGAAGAAGUAGAUAUGACAAACUCAGGUGGAAUGGUGAGAGAUGCUAUGUGGAGAGUGCUUUUGUCGCUAAUAUUUUCAAUAUAAUUGGUGAGAAAUGCAAUUAACUUGGAGUUUUCAGACUACAAGAGGUUGAUAAACAAUAGCAUUGUGCUACAAAACAUCAGAUUUUGCAGAAAUGGUUUUGCUGCUCAUUGCUUUCGGCUUAAUAGCAAGUGACGAAUAUAGUGCACAAUGCACAACAGAAUUGGGAGACGCAGAAUCUGAAAAUUGCUGCUCUUACCAAAGAUAUGAUUUGCUUGCUCCCUAAGUCCGAAGCGAUUUAGGAAACACAGACGAUACUUUUUUUCAUUUUUUUGUAAAUCACAACUGUUUUGUUUUUCAAGUUAGUUUGUAAUUAGCUAGAAAUGAACUACAUGUUUUGGAUAAUAGAGUCAAUGAUACUGUGUUGUUAUGGGGCAUGACUUGAAUUGCAGAGAUCCAGAUAUACUUUGUUGUUGGGUACAAUCACUGAUGUUGAAUAAGGGGUGAACAACCCAUAGAGAUCGAGAGAUUGAUGAAUUGCUGGUUUUAAAAUGUAGAACAUUACUUGAUUUGUAGGUUUUAAAAUGCUACACACUUGGAAAAAAUGAUAGAAAAUAAAAUGUGUAGAACAUAUUCAUUCUAGGUAUACUUGCAACUGCUCUAAUUUAGAAUCCCCUC